CGGACACGCGGGUGUGCUGCAUUUAUAAGACAUUCCUCGCGAAUGGUUUACUGCAGAUUCGUAUUUCCGAGACUUGCGAAGAUGUACGGGAAACGAAGGAGCGACGAGAUGUGAAGCUUCCUCUUAUUCGCAUGAUUUUCGUCGCAUAAGUGAAACGUUCCUAUUGCGCUCGAUGCACGUUACAUUAAGCUCAAGGUGAUAUGGAAGCAGAAGACGAAGUGGAUGAUGAGUUGUCGGAGGCCGUCGACACGGAAGCGAAUCAUAACAACAACCUCGAAAACUUCGAGACGAUGAAGAUCUCUACAAAGCCGGUGUCCGAGAGGACACCGGAGAAGGACGACUGUCCUUUAGUGCGCUCGUCCAAUCUCGAGCAAUCGGACAUUGUCGGCUCCACUGACGACAGUUCCAAAAAGUUGAAAACGUCCGUGCGAUCAGAAUCAAAAGUACCCCUAAGUACAAGCACAAAGACUGAUGUAAAGGAGAUUGAGAUCGCCAGGCUGUAUAGAAGCAAGAGAAUCAGCUGCCAAGACACUAUACACGAGUACGACGAGGAAGACAACCUCACUAUGGAUAGAGUUGGAAGGUACCUGGAGACGCAUCCUGCUGUGGUCGAAACGUGGCUGCGGGAAAAAGCGAGUCUCCAGCUUCGACAGAGAUUGCAGAACACGUGUAUGCUGCAAACGAUAACGCCGAGCGCGCCCAGCGUGCAGCAGGAAGAGAACCUUCUCAACCGGAGCAAACGUAACAGCGUCACAUCCGAUCUCUUUCAGACUUGGCUGGCCUCGAGUUCACCCGCAAAGCGCAGCAGAAGUCCCAACAGACCUUACAGCACGCUAAUGGGUCGUCGCGAGGAGCUCGGUAGACUGGACGAGAGCGAUCUGUUUAUGGAGCUGAUAAGAGACGUGGCAAACGAAUUGGACAUCAAUGUCCUCUGCCACAAGAUCCUGGUAAACGUCGGCCUACUCACUUACGCCGAUCGCGGCAGCCUGUUCCUGGCAAAAGGACCUUUGGAGGAUCGGUACCUGGUGGCGAAACUAUUUGACGUCACUCAGGAAACCGAGCUCGAGGAAGCCAUUCAACGGGCUAAGAACGAGGAACUCAAAAUACCGUUCGGAGUCGGCAUCGCCGGUUACGUAGCGCAAACUAAGGAGAUUAUCAACAUCAAAGACGCUUACAAGGAUCCGAGAUUCAACAGCACCAUUGACAUGCGAACCGGAUACAAAACGACGUUGAUUCUGUCGAUGCCAAUUUGUAAUUACGAGGGCGAUGUCAUCGGGGUUGCUCAGAUCAUCAAUAAGACGAAUGGCAGCAACGAAUUUACAGACAGGGACGUCGAAGUGUUUCAAAGAUACCUCACAUUCUGUGGCAUCGGCAUACAGAACGCGCAAUUGUUCGAGUUGUCCGUGCAGGAAUACCGGCGCAAUCAGAUACUCCUCAAUCUGGCGCGGAACAUAUUCGAGGAACAGAACAAUCUCGAGUGUCUCGUCACAAAGAUCAUGACCGAGGCGAAGGAGUUGCUCAAGUGCGAGAGAUGCGCCGUUUACCUGCUGGAUUUGGACUGCGGCGAAGCAGGACAUCUCGAGAAAAUCGUCGAGCGGCCCGGGAAGUCGGUGCAAGAGAGCAGAAAGCCGUUAUCGAGAAGAGAGAGCAAUAACAUCGACAUGGAGGACAUUAUUCAACAGCACGCAUCGGCCGAAGGUAGUAAAUUUACCAUGGUAUUCGAGAUGGAGAAUGAAACACUAGAAGCUCGGGUGUAUCGACCAAGUAACAACAAUCUAUCGAGUUCUCUGGGACAGAUCGCAAGAUACGUCGCCGCGACGGGUCAAAUUCUCAACAUUGGCGACGUCGCCACGUGGUUGAAGAAAGACGUAAUGGAAAGUGGAAAGGAACCCAUCAGAAGUAUUCUGUGUAUGCCGAUCGUCAAUGGACAAAGAAUUGUCAUCGGAGUUGCUCAAUUGAUCAACAAGGACAACGGCACAUCUUUUACCGACUCGGACGUGUCAAUAUUCGAGGCAUUUGCUAUUUUCUGCGGUCUCGGUAUUCAUAAUACGCAGAUGUACGAAUCCGCGUGCAAGCUGAUGGCGAAGCAGAAGGUGGCCCUCGAGUGUCUGAGUUAUCACGCGACCGCCAACAACGAAGACGCUCUACGCCUCGUCUCCGAUCCUAUACCGUCCGCGGAAACGUACAACCUCUACAGUUUCACAUUCAUCGACUUUGAUCUCACCGACGAAGACACAUGCCGUGCUACCAUCAGAAUGUUCAAGCAAUGUGAUCUUAUACAGAAAUUCCACAUACCGUACGACGUUCUGUGUAGGUGGAUCCUGAGUGUGAAGAAGAAUUAUAGGCCAGUAAAGUACCAUAAUUGGCGGCACGCGCUGAAUGUCGCGCAAACAAUGUUUGCGAUGUUGAAGACCGGCAAAAUGGAACAAUUUAUGACCGAUCUGGAAAUUCUUGGACUCCUAGUGGCUUGUCUCUGUCACGAUCUGGAUCAUCGUGGCACCAACAAUGCGUUUCAGAUGAAAACCGAAUCUCCACUGGCAAUCCUUUACUCAACUAGCACAAUGGAGCAUCAUCACUUCGAUCAGUGCGUCAUGAUCCUGAAUUCUGAUAGCAACAACAUUUUCCAGAGUUUAUCGAUGGAGGAUUACAGACGCGUGAUGAAGGUCGUGGAGAGUGCUAUUCUAUCAACCGACCUAGCGAUGUAUUUUAAAAAGAGGAAUCGUUUCAUGGAAGUGAUCGACGAGGGCGAGUUUGAUUGGCAGAGCGAGGAGAAGAAAGAAUUGCUAUGUGGCAUGAUGAUGACAGCAUGUGACGUGAGCGCGAUAGCAAAGCCCUGGGAUGUGCAGCAUCGCGUGGCAAAGUUGGUAGCUGACGAGUUCUUCGACCAAGGCGAUCUAGAGCGCCUUCAGCUCAAUCAGCAGCCGGUGGCGAUGAUGGAUCGCGAGAGGAGGGAUGAAUUACCGCAAAUGCAGGUCGGCUUCAUUGAUGUGAUCUGCCUGCCACUCUACAAGGUCUUAUCGGAAACGUUUCCAUGGAUACUGCCGCUCUACGAAGGCACCAUGGAGAAUCGAAAGCACUGGCAGGAUUUGGCGGAAAAAGUCGAGAUGGGACUGACAUGGAUCGAUCGCGACACGAUCGAGGAACCAGUGGAAGAAUUUGUUUCUUACGAGCCUAAGGACAUUGAGUUCACGGUCACGACUUUAAACUGCGCUCAUGCUGACAAGAAGGAACAAAUGCCGGACAGAUCGUCGCUCGGCAGGUUCGCCUCAUUGAGAAAAGGUGGACGUACGUUGAGCAAAGGAGUCCGGCAUCGCAUCAGCAGAUCUCUUUACGCGAGAAGCAACUCGGAGGAUGCCGGUAAGUCGAAAGCGUUACUCCCGGAAAGGAAAAAUCGGAACAAACUAUGCCUGCUCAUUUGACGGCUAACUUCAACGACGCUCGAAAGCAUCCCUGAAUGAUGGGCCAACGGAUAACGAUAUUUGAAAUGAAUAUUUAAAUACACAUCGCAACUUCCAGAGAGGUCGCGAAAGAUAAAACCUUUAAUGUUGAUACUGCCUGGAAGCUGAAGUUUGACAGAUGUGUAGACGCGUGCUGUCAUUGAAAGAGAGCUUUAGGGCCAAUGAACCAAGAAGUCGCUCUUAGAGGAAUAAUAUUGUCUGCUUCCAUAACUAAGUCAGACUAUUCUCGAAGAGUAGAAUGAUGUCGAAUAAAUUAUUUGAAUAAAGCUCUUUUGAGGCUGCUUUUAGUUGCAGCGAAAUACAUACAGGAAAUGAAUCCUUUGAAAGAACUCUUAAAAGAAGAAAUAUUGGUAUUUGUAUAAAUAAUCACUUCUUCUUCUUUCUCUUAUGUUAGGCCUCUGGCCUAUGUUACACCUCUCAUAUGCUUGUGAUGCGUACGCUGAUUAUUCAAUUGCUACAAGCAUAUGGGAUCUACAGUUUGAAUGCCAGUUCCGAAUGGCGGAUUUUUCGAGAGGUUUCUGUGGGCAAAAUACUGUCAGGAGUUGCCGGCCUUUUCCAAGAUGAGACACGAGCGUAAAUAUUUUGGUUCCUACCAGGAUCGAACUCGGGACCUUUGGCAUGAUAGACCAGUGAGUUGUUUACCAUGCCACGCUCGCGCUAAUUAAAUCACUAUAUAUGAUCAUUUAAUUAAGAAUAUCUAAUCAGAUAUAAGAUCGAUCAAAAGAAAUAAAAGAUAAG